AUGACGACGUGCCGUCUGCUGUGCGCCCUGUUGGUGCUCGCCCUGUGGUGCUGCCCGUCCGUGUGCGGGACAACGAGUGGAGAUACAACUGAAAAAAAUUCUGUUUCAAAGGGUGUCGAGAAAGAGGGAACAGGUGAGGGGAUGGAAUCGCAUAGUACAACUUCUCCUUCGCCACAGAAAGGAGAGGAGGGGGAUGGGAGUGAGGAACAGGAACCAAAUAUGGCGCUUCAUACGUCACAGGAAAAGGGUACAAUAAAAGAAACGGCACAGUCACAAAAUACUUCCAAUAAUAAACAGGAUCAGGAACAAGAAGAUGGGCAAUCCACUAAGGAAGAGACUGAAAAUACGAACACUAACACGUCAAAUGAACAAAAGAAGGCUGCUGCACCAACAACGACAACUACAACAAUGGCACCAACUACAACGACGACCACUGCGCCGGAGGCACCAACUACUACGACCACCCGCGCACCGUCACGUCUUCGCGAAAUCGACGGCAGCCUCAGCAGCUCUGCGUGGGUGUGUGCCCCGCUGCUGCUCGCCGUAUCCGCGCUGGCGUACACCACUCUGGGCUGA